GGGGCGGGGGGAUGUUCGACACAACAACAGUUCCCUGCUUAACCACAUCAGAGAGUAGGUCACCUGAAGUGACACUCGAAGCAGCUCGAGCUAAGAGGUUUCCAAAAAAAAAAAGACACUUGUGUGCUCCCCCACAGCAUAUCAACCACAGAGACAACAUAACAAAGAAAAAAAUACGUCUAACAAGCCUGUUGUCAAAGACAGACAGAGAGGGAGAGCCAGGAAGAAGCCCCCAAGGAGGGGUAUGUGCUUGCAGCGUGCUCGUCUUGCACAUCCAGAAAAAAACACCCUCAGUGACAGCAGCUGCAAGCACUGCUGACGGCAAGCAAUACACAGAUCUUCUGGCCUGGGGAGACAGAGGGGCUCCAUCAUGGCAUCUGCAAGUGUGUCCACUGUGUCCAGGCCCGAGUCCUCAGGCCCGGUGCUGGGUUUCGAGGACUACAGUAUGUACAGUAACCUGUCGGACGACGAGCUCAUGCAGUUGGCUAUUGAGCGCAGCUUGUUGGAGGGAUGCACCCCUGCCCCAUCGUCGUCGGUAGUGGAACCCCCCAGGCUUCCCCAAGCGACAGUAACGACACCCCAGCAACAACCCCCGGCCAGACCGAGGCCAACCGCGCAGAUCAGACGGCCAGACAGACCCCCGACCGGACCCCCGGGUGCGGAACCACCCCCCUGUCCGCCCAACCCCCCCAGGGAUAUCAAAAAGGAGCUGGAGGGAUGCUGGGUGAGCCAAUAUACCACGGGAUAUGGAAAGAGGAUGGUGGCCUAUCGACGCAUGGACGGAACCCUCAUCACACAGGAACCAGAGCCAGAGGCGAAGGUGGAUCCUUUGGUGAAGGCCAUAUGGGAUGGCGAUGUGCCCUCUGUGCGGGCGAUGGUCAGAAAGAAGGAUAUUAACCUGCUGAUCGCAAAUCAAUACGGAUGGAUCCCUAUUCACGAAGCCGCAUAUUAUGGCCAAUUGGACUGUCUCAAAGCGCUGCUGGGAGUCCAACCUGGGAUGAUGAACAUGCGCACGCUGAAAGAGGAGACCGCCCUUCUCCUGGCGGUGGGACGCGAGCACCCCAGGUGUGUGGAGUGGCUCCUGGCACAGGGAGCUGACCCUGACAUCGCAAACAACGACAAGGAGACCCCUCUAUUCAAAGCUACAGAACGAGGCAAUCCAGAACUGGUGGCCCUCCUCUUGAACCACGGCGCUUCUGUCAACAAGCUCUGCAUCCAGGGGUGGACCGCUCUGCAUGAGGCCAUCAGCCAAGACAACGUGGAGAUCGCAGAGAUGCUGGUCAAAGCCAAAGCCAAAGUCAACAUGGUCAACCAUUUUGGCCUUAGUCCUCUAUUUGUAGCCGCCCAAUCCGGACAUGUGAAUGCUUUACGCUUCAUCUUAAAACAUGGCGCGGACAUAAACAGCCAAGCUGAAGACGGCGCCACAGCUCUGUACGAGGCCGCUAAGAACGGGCACGAGAACAUUGUGGAGUUCCUCCUCUCUCAAAAUGCUGACGCCAAUAAGCCUGGGAAGAAUGGACUCCUCCCGAUCCAUAUCGCCGCUCAGAGAGGCAACGAUGGGAAAAACUUGCUCAACGCCGACUUCUCCACCAGAGAGUUUGAAGCUUCGGUUAAGAUCAUCCAAAUGCUGAUCCCGGCUACCAGCCGCGCCAGAGUCCGCCGCUGCGGUAUCAGCCCGCUGCACUACGCCGCCGAACGCAACCGGGACGAGGUUCUCGAAACCCUGAUCGACGCCGGCUACGACGUGAACGCCAUGCUGUCCGAGAACCACUCCCGGCUGUACGAGGACCGGCGCAGCACGGCGCUAUACUUCUCUGUCAUCAACAACAACGUGGACGCCACCGUCAUGCUGCUACAGGCCGGCGCCAACCCAAACCUGGACGUCUUCAGCCCACUGCUGGUGGCCAUCCGUCUGGGCGCCGUCAAACUGGUCACCCUGUUGGUGGAGCAUGGGGCCAACGUCAAUGCCUACAUCCACACCCACCCCACCACCUUCCCUGCCACCAUCAUGUUCGCCAUGAAGUACCUGCCCUUGCUCAAGUACCUGAUGGAUAACGGCUGCGACGCCAUGUCCUGUUUCGUAUGCUCGUACGGGAACAACGUUCACCCGCCCAUCAAGCCGACGCGCAGCAGGAACGAGCUGCAGAGCAGAGAGGUGGAGCCGGACAGGAAAACCUGUGUAGAGUUCUGUGAGAUGAUUUCCGCACCAAACAUGAGCCGAUGGGCAGGACCCAUCAUAGAUGUGGUCUUGGACUAUGUUGGCAAUGUGAAGCUGUGCGCUAGGCUUCAAGAGCAUCUCGAUAGCUAUGAUGACUGGGAAAACAUAAAAUAUAAAUCAGAACCCCCCAGAGCUCUGCUGCACCUGUGCAGACUGAGAGUACGGGAGCUACUCGGACCCUCCAGGUUACGCCGCAUGGACAAACUGCCCAUCCCACCCCGACUGAUCAAAUUCCUCAAGUAUAAGACCAACCAGGAGGAGGUGGAAGAGGAGCAAGAGUGGUGAGCAACGACCAGCGGACAGGCUGACUCACGAAGGGCCUCCGCACAUUGGCUCCGACAGCACUGCGGAGCACUUUCACUUCCAACACAAUUCCGACCCCCAAACCCAAUUUCACACGAACAUAGCAUGCAAACUCAAUGGGCGGCUCUGACAAAAUAGAACUCGUCUCUAAUCGCUAGCCGACACCCGCCAAUGUCUGCGGACAUCGGCGCCAGUGUCCGGGGUUCUAUUGAAAACAAUGGAAUCGAACUUUUGCGGAGCAGUGCUCAGCACUUUGUUGGAGUCAAUGUGUGGAGGCCCUAACUGUUGUCUCUCAGCCACAGAGUAUCAGAUGCAGCAGCUGUAGUAGUGACAAGGCAAUCUGAAAUCAGGCUCCAUAGUCCGGUAUUGCAUAUGCCAAUGCCCCAUGGUUGUAAUUAGUGCAGUUAUCCCAUUAAAUCUUAGUUAGAUUUGAAAAACAUUUGAAGAAUGUGUAGGUUUGUGUGUGACUGUACAUGAAUCCUGAACGCUGAUGGGUCAUGACAUAGAAGACGUUUAUAUAAUUUCAGAGAUGGCCAAUGGUUGUCUGAGUUGUAAAAUAGCCUGUGGUUAUUGAAAUGCUAACAUUGGGAAGCUAUUGAUUGAGUUUUCAAUGCAAAAAUACCAAAAGUGUAUAUAUUGCUAAAUGUGUUUUUCAGAGUAGCUAUUUAACAGGUCAAUGUGAUCACUGUCAAUUGAAUGGACUGGUUUGACCGUGCUGAUCUCAUAGUUGCGGUUUUCUGUGCAAUGGUCUUGAGAAUCCUGAAGUGUUGACUUCAUUCAUUGGACUAUCAACAUGGUCUGAAACAAUAUUUGAAAAAAAAUUGGCACUUAUAUAUAGGUAUUUUAGUCAAAGAAAGAGGGUAUGUUAUGAUAAAGGCAUGAGAGACUCAGAACCUACUCAAUAUUCUUUGCUUAGAACAUACAUAGUAGAAACAUAGUAAUAAAACUUAAUUGAUACAGAAGGACAUUAACACAUAGCAUAGACAAUAACGCAGUGUUUCUCAACCGGGGUGCCGCGGAAACAUGGCUGAUAAAUAAAUUAUGUAAUAUAAUACAUAUUUGUGUAAAUUAAUAAAUUAAUGCUUAGUCAGUGGAAUCUUUCAUCUGCCAUUCACGCACAUUAAAGUAAAUUUAGGUCGCCCCAGUACGCUGCAACUUCGAACGUAGGUUGUGUGACGUCUCCAAAUGUGUUACUUUUCUAAGCUUGUGUGGUAUCGGAUGCGAUGCCAUGUUACGGCUUGUUGGUUUGGGGUGCCUUGAAUUUUUCAUGAAUUGAAAGGGUGCCUUGCCUAAAAAAAGGUUGAGAAACACUGUUAUUAUACACACAUUAUAUUAUAAUGCAUAUUAAUGCAUACUAUGUAGUCUACAUUGUACAACAGAUGAAACAUACUGUAUAGCACUCAUGCAGUUGUUUGCUUAAUCAGGUUAUUUCUAAACAAAGUUAGUUCUUCAUGUCAUUUGUACACGUGGGUUGUGUGUUUCCUUUUUCAUAUUUUUGUGAAGAAAUGUAUGAAAAUCUGAAUAAUAAAACUUUAGUAUAUAUUUUGUGUUCAGUAAAUGUUGAAAUUUUCUGAUGCUUAAUUUACUAUGUUUUGCACACUUAACCAUGUAACAUUAUACAUGGGUGAAAAUGCUGUAUCUUUUGCAAAGAAAUAAUGAAGUAUUAAAAGAAAAGGACAUU